CUCUCUCUCUCUCUCUCUCUCUCUCUCUCUCAGCUAUUCAGCUAUUUAGCUUUCAUUUCCAAACAAGAGCAGAUAAAGAAGAUAACCAGAGAGAGAACAAGAGAGAAAGAGAAGGCCCAAAAAGAGAGAUGGGGAGAGGGAAGAUAGAGAUAAAGAGGAUAGAGAACUCAAACAACAGGCAGGUGACCUACUCAAAGAGAAGGAAUGGGCUGAUCAAGAAGGCCAAGGAGAUCUCUGUCCUGUGUGAUGCUCAAGUGUCUUUAAUCAUCUUUGGUAGCUCUGGGAAGAUGCACGAAUACUGCAGCUCUAACACCUCAUUGGUUGAUAUAUUGGACCAGUAUCACACACAGUGUGGGAAGAGGCUUUGGGAUGCUAAGCAUGAGAAUCUGAGCAAUGAACUGGAUAGGAUGAAAAAGGAGAACGAUAACUUGCAGAUUCAGCUCAGGCACCUGAAAGGAGAAGACAUAACAUCACUGAACCAUAGAGAGCUGAUAAUCCUAGAAGACAAUCUUGAAAAUGGGCUCUCGUGUGUCCGAGAGCAGAAGGACGAGGUUAUCAUGACGCACAGGAGAAACCAAAAGCAGCUGGAGGAGGAGACUAAGGACCUCCAUUUCUAUGCGCAACAUAAAGACAUGAUGAUGGCCGAAAAUGCUAGGGCUGGGAACGACGGAUACCAUCAAAGAACCAAGGCCGGCUUCGGCUCUCCCGCCUACCGUGUGCAACCGAUCCAGCCAAACUUACAACGAAGGUUCUAAAAACUCCUAUCUUGAGACAAUUGUCGACGUUCCUAUGGGCUUGCUGUAGUACCACCGUGCAUGGAGUCUCUUAUAAAAUCUCUAUGCGAAACAUAAUAGCAGAUAUGGAAUAAGAUAUAUGUAUGUAUUGAUGUAAUUGAAGUGCCUUGGCUUGAACCGACCGUUCGUGCGCUUGAGUAUUGGAACAUGUCCUAGUGCUUCAGGUUUGCAGUCCCAUGAACACGGAUGAAUUGUCUAACUUGUCCAA